CCAACGAUGCUGGGCGUGUGGUCCCUGCUUCUGCUCUGGGGCCUGGCGACACCGUGCCAGGGGCUGCUGGAGACUGUGGGCACGCUCGCUCGGAUCGACAAGGAUGAACUUGGCAAAGCCAUCCAGAACUCGCUGGUUGGGGGCCCCAUUCUGCAGAACGUGCUGGGGACGGUCACAUCUGUGAACCAGGGCCUCCUGGGCUUUGGAGGGCUGCUUGGAGGAGGUGGCCUGCUGGGCCAUGGAGGGGUUUUUGGUGUCGUCAAGGAGCUCUCUGGGCUGAAGAUUGAGGAACUCACGCUGCCAAAGGUGUCGCUGAAGCUGCUGCCAGGGUUCGGGGUGCAGCUGAGCCUGCACACCAAGGUGGGCCUGCAUGGCUCUGGCCCCCUGGGGGGCUUCCUGCAGCUGGCUGCGGAGGUGAACGUGUCGUCGCGGGUGGCGCUGGGCAUGAGCCCGCGGGGCACGCCCACCCUCAUCCUCAAGCGCUGCAGCACGCUGCUGGGCCACAUCAGCCUGCUCUCGGGGCUGCUGCCCGCGCCACUCUUUGGGGUCGUGGAAGAGACGCUCUUCAAGGUGCUGCCGGGACUGCUGUGCCCCGUGGUGGAUAGUGUGCUGGGUGUGGUGAACGAGCUCCUAGGGGCCGUGCUGAGCCUGGUGCCCCUUGGGGCUCUCGGGUCCGUGGAAUUCUCCCUGGCCACCCUGCCUCUCGUCUCCAACCAGUACAUAGAGCUGGACAUCAACCCCAUCGUGAAGAGCGUAGGUGGCGACAUCAUUGACUUCCCCAAACACCCCGUCCCAGUCAAAGUGCCCCCCAAGGAGGACCACACAUCCCAGGUGACAGUGCCACUGUAUCUCUUCAACACCGUGUUUGGGCUCCUGCAGGCCAAUGGCGCCCUCAACAUCAACAUCACCCCUGAGCUGGUGAGUGUUCCUGUCCCACUGACAACUACAGAACUGGCUGCUUUGGUUCCUGAGGCGCUGGGGAAGCUGCCCCCGGGCCGGCACCUCCAGCUCUCGCUGCGGGUGAAGGAGGCGCCGACCGUCACGCUCCAGAACAAGAAGGCCUCGGUCUCCGUCCCGGUCGACAUCCACGUGCUGCCCUAUGUCCCUCAAGGGACCCCCGAAGCCCUCUUCAAGCUGAAUGGGGUUGUGACCCUAAGCGCCCAGCUGGCUCCCUCGGCCACCAAGCUGCACAUCUCCCUGUCCCUGGAACGGCUCAGUGUCAAGCUGGCCUCCUCCUAUUCCCGUGCCUUUGACGCGUCCCGUUUAGAAGAAUGGCUCAGUGAUGCGGUGCGGACAGUAUACGUGCCGAAGCUCAACGUGGCCUUGGAUAUUGGAAUUCCCCUGCCCAAGAUUCUCAAUGUCAAUUUUGCCAAUUCAGAUCUGGAGAUCAUAGAGAACGCCGUUGUGCUGACCGUGGUAUCCUGA